GUCAUAACAUCAUGAUUCGAAAAUUCGUAGUUUACUCAUUCAAUUCUUAUCAAUUUAAGUAUGUUUAGCCACGUUUUCAUUUUUGUAGCAUUACAAAGUUAGGUUAAGUUUAUUUAAAAAGUGAUUCGAUUGGGAAGAAUGUCGGCACCCACGAUGAUCAAGAAACGUCCUGUUUGGAAAGAAGCAACUUUCCAAAUUUUUUCUGGAGGGUCUGCUGGUUUUAUCGAAGUGUGCAUAAUGCAUCCUUUAGAUUUAAUAAAAACGAGGCUUCAAAUACAAUCGGGGGUUAAUCGUAAUGAUCCUAAGUAUUAUACAGGUGUUUUUGAUGCUUUUAGAAAGAUGUAUAAACAUGAAGGUAUUACUAGUUAUUGGAAAGGAAUUGUUCCACCUAUUUUAGUUGAAACGCCUAAAAGAGCUCUUAAGUUCUUUUCAUUUGAACAAUAUAAAAAAUUGUUUAUGUUUGGUUCACCAGUUGCCACACCUAUAACAUUCACUUUGGCAGGCGCAGGAACGGGAAUUACAGAAGCAAUUCUUGUAAAUCCUUUUGAAGUGGUUAAAGUGGCUUUACAAGCGAAUAAAAAGACAGGGAAAGAAGUGCCUUCAACAUGGAAUAUGACGCGGCAAAUUAUUAAUAGAGAUGGUUUUGGUGGGAAAGGUUUAAACAAAGGGUUAACAGCCACAAUUGGAAGAAACGGGGUUUUUAACACAAUUUAUUUUAGUUUUUAUCAUUCAGUUAAAGGAUUUUAUCCACCAUUUUCAGAUCCUAGACUGGAAUUUUUAAGAAAACUAGGAAUUGGUUUUGUCUCAGGAACAUUAGCAUCAUUGGCAAACAUUCCAUUUGAUGUUGCUAAAUCAAGAAUUCAAGGUCCACAACCAAUAGUUGGUAGCAUUAAAUACUUUGGAACAUUCCAAGCCAUUACUUUAGUUUAUAAAGAGGAAGGAUUUUUUGCACUAUAUAAAGGAACAAUUCCCAAGAUUAUGCGGUUAGGUCCUGGAGGGGCUAUUAUGUUGCUUCUUUACGAAUAUGUUUAUGAGUAUUUAGAUAAAACAUUCCCUGAAAACAAUUCAAAAGAAUUAUUUUCAAUUUAAAAACGCAAGAAAAACAUUUUAACUUUUCUUUUUUAUUAAUACUUUCCAUUUUUGUUAUGUUUAUGGUGUAUGGUUAAGUUUUAAACAGUUUAUUAAGUUUCUAAUGAAUUUUUAAAUUUUUUUGAUGUUACCUAAAUUUUAUAUUAUAACUCGAAUUUUUAUGUUAAUCUUAUUUACCAAAGCUACCUGAAACCAAAACUUUUUAUAAGAUUAUAAUAGCUUAGAUUUACUCAAGAUAUAUCAAUGUCUAUUUUUUGUAUGAGUACAAACUUUACACCAAUAUUAUACUUGUAUUCAAAUAUAGCAUGUAUUUAUGGA